CCUGGGGAUGGACCUGGCAUCAGAGAGCAAGAUGAACUCUGAGGGGGGCGAAGGACGACCAGUCCCUCCCACCUCCCUCACCCUGCAGGGUGGUCCCUCUCAGAGGAAGAAGCUCUCGGCCCCUCGUAUCAGUCUGUCUUUGGACCAGAGCGAGGACGACCUGGGGGAGACACCCGACGACCUGGAUAUCAACGUGGACGACCUGGACACCCCGGACGAGGGCGAUUACCUCGACUACACCGACCAUGAGAUGGACUGGGAAG